AGUGAAAACUACCAAUAUUAUAUAAGUGCGAAUGCCUUCCACCCUCUUGGUGAGAGUUUUAUAUACAUCAACAACCAAUAGAGUAUUAUAACUUACAGUCAACAAUAAUAUAUAAUUCUCAAUCAUCAACUACCAAUCUAGGUACCUUUUAUUGUAUACCAUAAUUAAUACAAUACAUAAUAUACAUCACAUCACAUCACAUCAAAAUGCGCGGCUUCAUCUCAACCAUCACCACUCUCCUACCUUUGGCAGCUGCGGCGCCAUUGGAACUCAACAACCGCGACAGCAAUCCCGGUUGCCAAGAAGCCUCUUUCGGCAACUUUGAAUGGACGAUUGAAAACUUCGACUAUCAUGCAUCUUACAUUUUCAGUACCCCCGCCCAUCAAAACUCGUGGGGUUAUGUAAAUUUCAACCUAACAAACCCGGCUCUCGAGUACCAGGCUAUUUGCAGUGCCACUAGCAACCAGCUCUCCGACUUCUUCUACGGCACAAUGGCGUACACCUGCACUGUUCCGGAGGGGUACACUACAAAGACUACUUUCGACUUCAGCCGCCCUAGUGGCAAGUUGAACGUCAACCAGACCUGGAGCUGCAGCGACACCGAUCCGACAUACCCUACUACCAUUAAUGCGUAUGGUACUGUCGAUCUAGAUCUCUCCUGCACAGAUGAGACAUGGACCAACCCUAACUGGACGAUCGGCAACAUCUACACGGCUCGUACAGUCCAGUGCGAGCCGGUAACGUUACCACUAAAGCCCUACGAAAUGACUGCUGUCGCAUAAGGCGUUCUCUAAAAGUUUUUGGGUAUUUUAUUUAACUACGGAUUACGAGGAACAGAAAGCGGGUUUAGGGAAGGGGGCUACCAUCACGACAUUAUGAUAUAUUGACUGAUCAUAGACACACAUAGGCAUCGAGCCAUCGAUAUAGAAAUUAAUAAUAAUAAAAGUCAAUCACAUGAUCACUACUAC